UACGAAAUCCACUAAAUCUUGGGAUUAAUGAAACAUUUCCACCGACAACAUAAACGUAUUUCAUGGCUCAAAAAAUUGUGCCGACCUCAGUCUGUUCACGAAUAGCGCCAGGAUGAGGCUACAGAUUAUUUUAUGCGCAUUUAUUGCGUACGGAGUCAGUGGUAAUGUUAUAAUAGAAAAUGAUGAACAAAUUGUUCCGUUAAUUGUUGGCGGAACUCCUGCUGCAGCUGGUGAAUUUCAAGGAAAAAUUUCCCUCCAAUACACCGAUGGCACACAUAUUUGCGGAGGAACGUUAAUAGACCCGGGACAUGUCCUAACAUCAGCAACAUGUGUAACGAAUCAAUGGGGCGACGUACUUCAUCCCAGUGAGUAUCGACUGAUGGGGGACGAUCUUACGAUUAGCGUAAUAUCGGGAAAUGCGAAUCGACAAAUUCGUCUAGCGACACACGUUUUUGUUCAUCCUGAAUUCAAUCUGAACAGAACGGAGCACGAUAUUGCUGUUAUCAGAGUUAACGAGACAUUCACUCCGUCAAUAACAUUUAAUCCGGUUCCACGGGGACAGGAUUCACCGGGAGUAAAUACACAAUGCAGUGUUGCAGGAUGGGGAUCAACGGCACAGAGCGCUGGGAAUUCUUUCACUUUGAUGCGAGUUAAUGCAGUCGUUAUAUCUCGAGCUGUUUGCAAUUCUAAUACUUCUUAUGCUGGAUCAGUUCGUGGUGGUAUGUUUUGCGCAGGAAAUAUUGCUGGUGGACAGGGCACUUGUCAGAAUGAUGAAGGCGGUGGAUUGAUUUGCAACAAUGCAGUAUUUGGAGUGGUGUCAAGGGCUCAAGGCUGUGCUGUAGCAAAUUUUCCCACCAUCUAUACGGAUGUAGCGGUUUACAACACUUGGAUCGAUUCGAUAAUAAAUUGGAACGAAGGAGAACAUGAAAUUGUGCCGACUCCAACGUCAAUAACUAGCACUACAACACCUGUACCUACGACUACAAUACCUACAACUACUCCAUAUCCUGACGAUGCAGCCAUCGUCGCCAAGUCUAUGUACUUGUUCGUUGCUUGUUUGACUAUCCUGCUUUUUAGAUAAAAUCAGUGAAACAACAGAGACUAGGAAAAGUAGAUAAGAAUGUGUCGAUUUAAUUGGUAUCAAUUAGCUUGUGGAAGAAUUUGCGACCGUAAUGAUGUGAGUUACUAUGUCUCCAAUUUCUAUUAAUACGAACACCAAUCACAAUACAUAACGAAUCGGUCCUGUCUGUCGAAUAAAAUAUUAUUUCGCUGUA